CCGGGCGGGGGUCCGAAGCUUGCCUGCCUCCCUCGCUCCGCCAGGCGGGUCCGCUCGCGCACCGCGCAGGGCGCAGGGCGCGCGCGAUGAAGGCGGUGAGCCCGGUGCGCCCCUCGGGCCGCAAGGCGCCGUCGGGUUGCGGCGGCGGGGAGCUGGCGCUGCGCUGCCUGGCCGAGCACGGCCACAGCCUGGGCGGCUCGGCGGCGGCGGCGGCGGCGGCGGCGGCCGCGCGCUGCAAGGCGGCCGAGGCGGCGGCCGACGAGCCGGCACUGUGCCUGCAGUGCGAUAUGAACGACUGUUACAGCCGCUUGCGGAGGCUGGUGCCCACCAUCCCGCCCAACAAGAAAGUCAGCAAAGUGGAGAUCCUGCAGCACGUUAUCGACUACAUCCUGGACCUGCAGCUGGCGCUGGAGACGCACCCGGCUCUGCUGAGGCAGCCACCGCCGCCCGCGCCGCCACACCACACGGCCGGGACCUGCCCGGCCGCGCCGCAGCGGACCCCGCUCACCGCGCUGAACACCGACCCGGCCGGCGCGGUGAACAAGCAGGGCGACAGCAUUCUGUGCCGCUGAGCCGCGCUGUCCAGGUGUGCGGCCGCCUGAGCCCGAGCCAGGAGCUCUAGAGAGGGAGGGGGAAGAGCAGAAGUUAGAGAAAAAGCUACCGGAGGAAAGGAAAAAAACAUCAGCCAACCCUAGAAACGUUUUCAUUCAUCAUUCCAAGAGGGAGAAAGAGGAAAGAAAAAUAAAACUUUUCACCUUUUUUUUGCACGUUCGUAAACAUUCUACAUACAUAUUCUGUUUCGUCUCUUCGUUUAUAGCCGCUGUGAAUUGUACAACCCUGUGUGUUUUGGAGGUGCAGUUAAACUUUUAAGUGUGACAGGACUGAUAAAUAGAAGAUCAAGAGCAAAUUCGACUUUAGAAGCCUAUUUUGUGACCAAGGCGCUCAAUUUUUGUUUUGAAGCUUUACUAAUAUACCAGAGCAUUGUAGAUAUUCUUUUUUGACAUCUAUUGUUUAAAAUAGAUGAUUAUAAUGGGGCAGGGAACUUUCUUUUCCCUGCAAGAAUGUUACAUAUUGUAUAGAUAACAUGAGUGACAUUUCAUACUGUGUAUAUAUAUAGAGAUGUUCUAUAAGUGUGAGAAAAGUAUAUGCUUUAAUAGACUACUGUAAUUAUAAAAUAUUUUUAAAUAUUUUUUGUAAAUAUGUUUUUUUUUUUUAAUCUAUGGGAAUAUUUCUUUUGGAAAAUUGUUUUUCAGCUCUGUUGCAGAGCUCUUGAUAUCUUGAAUGUCUUUUCUGUUUGACCUGGUUUCUAAUUUGUUGUUGUUUUGCCCAGUGUUGUAGAGUUGGAAGUAACAGCUAUAGCUAGUGGUCCUGCAUGCCUGUAUGAGAUGUUUUAAUCACAAAAUAAACUUGUUCUGAGUCCAUUCAAAUGUGUUUUCUUUAACCUAGAUUGAAAUCUUUGUAUUUGAAGCAUACAUGUUGAAAAUAGACUUUUAAGUGCAGGGUUUUAUAGUGUAAUAUAUAAAGAGUAAGUGUUUUUUAACCGAGGUCAGGAUGGAUUCUGAAUGGUUUUGCAUAUGGGUUGGGGAAGUGUUUGGAUCCUUAAGGAGUUUGUGAAACCUGCUGUUUCAUCAAAGUGAAAUUUUUUUUUUCCUUAUCACUCUUCAUUUUACACUCAAGCUUAAUGUCACUGAGUCUCAUGUCUCUGCAGAUUAUUUAAAUCACGGAAACGGAAAAUGUUCUCUGCUUGCUACCAAAGGACAGACUCUUGAAAAUGAACACUUACUGCUUUCCUUCCUCCAAAGAAUACUAAUAGGCAACCGUGGGAGACAAAAAAAUGAAAAGGCGUAAUGGCAAACCCUUCAAGCAGGGAUAAAAGUCGAUCUUCAAACAUUAAGUAGACCAAAAAUUCUGAUGACCACAUCUAGAUUAUUUUUGUAUAAAAAUGAUUUUCACUAUAGCUAUGUUAGUUACCGCUAAGCUACUGUUCAAUCUCUUGUGAUGUGUAACUUUUACAUGUGAAUAUUAAACUAGAUCUCUGUCUCGUA